AUGGCGGCGGCUACUAGGUCUGGGGUUUGGGGGCUGCUAGCUCGCUCUUGGCCACAGCUGGCGCGGCCCAUGUCGAGUGGCGCCCAUGGCGAGGAGGGCUCAGCUCGCAUGUGGAAGGUCGUUACCUACUUCGUCGUGCUUCCCGUGGCGGGAGUGAGCAUGCUGAACUGCGUCCUGAAGUCGCAUGAAGGAGAGCACAAGAGGCCCGAGUUCAUCGCCUACCCCCAUCUCCGCAUCAGGUCCAAGCCCUUUCCCUGGGGAGAUGGUAACCAUACUCUAUGCUAUAACCCUCAUGUGAGUCAGCUUCCAACCAGCUAUGAAGAUAAGCAAAGAGAAACUGAACCACUACCGAGGCACUGGGGACCACAGCCACUACUCUGUGCAUGGACCAGAGUGUAUGGGACCCCAUAUUCAACCCUUACUUUCAUCAAAUGA